AUGGGUAACAUCUGCCUGAGGCUCCGGACGUACCUGGAGCCCUGUCUCCCCUGCUUGUCUCAGGAGGCAGACAAGUCGGUGGUGAUUCAGAACCCGUGGACUGUCUGCCCCCCCGAUCCUCCCCAGCCGCCACGUCCGGAGCCGAAGAGAAGCCAGGGCCAGUACUUUGUGGCUCUGUUUGAUUACCAGGCUCGGACCCCAGAGGACCUGAGCUUCUGCGCGGGCGACAAGCUCCAAGUCUUGGACACGUCCCAUGAGGGUUGGUGGCUCGCCAGGCACUUGGAGAAAAGGACAGACGGCUCCAACCAGCAGCUGCAGGGCUAUAUUCCUUCUAACUAUGUGGCUGAGGACAGGAGCCUCCAGGCAGAGCCGUGGUUCUUUGGAGCAAUCAAGAGGGCAGAUGCUGAAAAACAACUAUUAUAUUCAGAAAAUCAGACAGGUGCUUUUCUAAUCAGAGAAAGUGAAAGUCAGAAAGGCAACUUCUCCCUUUCAGUUUUAGACAAUGGGGUUGUGAAACACUACAGAAUCAGAAGACUAGAUGAAGGGGGCUUUUUCCUUACCCGGAGAAGAACCUUUUCAACACUGAAUGAAUUCGUGAGUCACUACACCAAGACAAGUGAUGGCCUGUGUGUCCAGCUGGAAAAACCAUGCUUAAAGAUACAAGUCCCAGCUCCCUUUGAUUUGUCAUAUAAAACCGUGGACCAGUGGGAGAUCGGCCGCAGCUCCAUACAACUUCUGAAGAGAUUAGGAUCUGGUCAGUUCGGCGAAGUGUGGGAGGGCCUAUGGAACAAUACCACUCCGGUAGCAGUAAAAACAUUAAAACCAGGUUCAAUGGAUCCAAAUGACUUUCUGAGGGAGGCACAGAUAAUGAAGAACCUAAGACAUCCAAAGCUUAUCCAGCUUUAUGCUGUUUGCACUUUAGAAGAUCCUAUUUAUAUUAUUACAGAGUUGAUGAGACAUGGAAGUCUGCAAGAAUAUCUCCAAAAUGAUGCUGGAUCAAAAAUCCAUCUGAUGCAGCAGGUAGACAUGGCAGCCCAGGUUGCUUCUGGAAUGGCCUAUCUGGAGUCCCAGAACUACAUCCAUAGAGAUCUGGCUGCCAGAAAUGUCCUUGUUGGUGAACAUAGUAUCUACAAAGUGGCAGAUUUUGGACUUGCAAGAGUUUUUAAGGUAGAUAAUGAAGACAUCUACGAAUCUAAACACGAAAUAAAGCUGCCGGUGAAGUGGACUGCGCCUGAAGCCAUUCGUACUAAUAAAUUCAGCAUUAAGUCUGAUGUGUGGUCAUUUGGAAUCCUUCUUUAUGAAAUCAUUACUUAUGGCAAAAUGCCUUAUAGUGGUAUGACAGGUGCUCAGGUAAUCCAGAUGUUGGGUCAAAACUAUAGACUCCCUCAACCAUCUAACUGUCCAUUGCAAUUCUACAACAUCAUGUUGGAGUGCUGGAAUGCAGAGCCUAAGGACCGGCCAACAUUUGAGACACUGCAUUGGAAAUUUGAGGAUUAUUUUGAAACAGACUCUUCAUAUUCAGAUACAAAUAACUUUGCAUGA